CAAUUUUUGAUUUUCUCUCACUUUCUUGUACGUCCAUCAAGCCGCCAACAUUGUUGACGGUGAAUCGUAGUCCAAGCAUACAUGAUAGAAAUCAUAGCAACGAAUGCUAGAGAAAAAAUACGAUACAGAUUUGUUCUUCCUCUUUGUAUGUAGCAUCGAAUGAAGUCGGUGAUUCGAACUAAAGAAUACUCUACGAGCAGUUCUUUUUUGGAACGAGUAGUCCUACACAUGUAAAUUGAAUUCAAUGUAUAUGAUCAGCCCUAAAGUAACAUAGAAAUCAGACAAAAUGUAUCUUCUCUCUACACCAUGAAAAUUGGGUUAAAAAUAUCAGUAUGGUUUCACCCGGAGAGGAAAAUUUAUAAGUAUUAGUUUUUGUUUCGGUUUAAUUUCGUUUUAAAAUCCCAUUUCGUCUAUUCAGUUUUUAAGUGCAUGUAGGUUUUAUUUCCUUGGUUAUUUUUCGCACACUUCACGAAACGAUAGUAUCGAUGAUAAAUAUUUAGUACUAGAGUAAUUGAGUAUCCAGGUCUUCGCGAGCAAAACCAAAAACUGAGAGAAAAAAAAAGGAAAGACACUGCAUGAUUUUUCAAUUGACUCUUUAAACUCUAAGAAAAAAUGUUGUUGUUUAUUAUUACUUUUAUGUUACAAAAUUUAAAACAAAACAGAUUCUAUUAAUUUCAAUAGAGACAACAAAAACUCAAAAUUGUCACCCCGCUCCCAUCCGCAGGACUGUACUAAAUUUGUUUCAUCGAAAAAAACAAAGAAUUAAAAGUGCUUUUAAAAGUCGUUGUAUAAUGCCAAGCAAAUAUCGAGUUAUGUAAAACUAAGUAGUUCAAACCGCACCCCGUACUUUUAGUCAACGGUCCCUCUUUAGCAAGCAGCCAGCUGCUUCUGCCCACAUAGCAAUAGUUGAGCGGUGAAAAGUCACACCGGAAACACGGUUCUGUUCGUACCUCAACAACUUCGGCUGAGAAGUCAGAUCAUUUUUGCACAGCAAUCAUGUUUCAUAUCGCAUCAAAAACGGAAAAAAAACUUCUCAGUUGAACAACACAUAACUUGCUCUUUCCUUUAUGUCGUUUACUAAUUGCACACUCCUAAUAAAUCAUUCCCGUUCACCGCUCCUUUAGCUGCGUUACUAACCCUCACUCUCACACGGUUCUCCUUGGCUGGCACAGCCAUUCCAGCAUCCUUUAGUUCUGCGAUAAGUAACUAACUAGUAUCAAUAUUCGUAGCUUAUCUGUGUAAUUGUAGUUGUCGUAGUGUUUGUAGUUGUAGUAGUCCCGUCACGUUACGAUAUCAAAUAGCACAGGGUGAGUUGUUUUUUUUCUUCUACAAAACGCAUAUGAGGUUGACAGCAAUAAUCGAUGUUUUGCAUGCAACAUUCCACUGUGCAUCCGUCUCAUUAGUAGGGGCUUCGAUUCUCGAUACCAUUGAUUGAACCGUGUCAUCGAGUUCGCUGUCAGAGGGAGCGUUGAUGUUUCCGUCAAUCAACGAACGGCCGCCGCCCGAUUUUCUAGAGUCAAUUAUCUUUGUCAGUAUUUUUUAUGCAACAUGUACCUAUACUGUAUACCUUUACAUCGAACACAACAAUGUUGUUCAAGUGAAUAAACUAGAUAACUUUAGUUCAAUUUCAAACCAAUAUCCAAUGAGUUAUGACACUCGAAUAACGGGUGACAACUAAAAUUUUGGAAUUUUUUCGAGGCCCCUAUACUCAACAACAAACGAGCUCAGGGAGAAAUGAGAGUGUGUAUGUGUUAGCUCUUUCUCUCCUCUUUCUGUCAGUAUUUUUUGUUUUGUUUAUGCUUGCCAAGUUUUGCUUAAAAUGGCCUCAAAACAAACAGCAUCACGCGAGCGCGUUGUACACUUCUACGAACUUCCACAGAAAUCUCGGAAAAAACCUUUAAAAAGCGAAUAUGUUGCGGUUUCGACUGUUUACCAUAUCCUAAGAUGCCCAACAACUAUUCGCAAGCAAGGUAGUGGAAGACCAACCAAAAUUAUGGACGCAGAAGGACAUCGUUCUCUUUCUCGUUUCUUCAACAACAAGCCCUCUGGUUUGGCUAUCAAUUAAGAUGCAUCAGACGAAUGUUUGAAGAAAAUUUUGAUCCCGUUUCUACAAAAACGUCAUGCAGAUGGACAAUACGUGUUUUGGCCGUAUAGAGCAUCAUCGCAAUAUGCCAAAAAACACAAUCGUUAUUCAGGAACCCAUUCGAUCCCAUUUUUACCCGAAGACCACGACCUGUAAAAUCUGUCUCAGUGCGCCCAAUCGAGGAUUUCUUCGGGAUUUUGAGGUUCCUUGAUGUACAAAAAUAACUGGAGAGCCACGAAUUGCAAACAGUUGAUUUGUAGAAUCAAGAGAUGUAUUCGCAAAGUUGACAUGACAGCCGUACAACGCUACUGUUUCGACGUCAAACGAAAGCUUCGCCGAACAGCCGAUUACGGAUCGUUUUCAAUCGUACACUUUUUUUUCAACAAUGGAUAAUGUAUCUUUAAUUUCGGUAGAUCAGACUUUCUUCAUGUAUCUUUGUCUUUUUUUGACAGCUUGAGAAAAAAUUCCAAAAUUUUAGUUGUCACCCGUUAGAAAACCGUAUUGAAAAGUAUCUAUCUAUUGCGCAUCUCCUGUUUGUGUUCAUGUAUUUUGUUUUACAAUAUAUUCAACUACUUUGCUGUACUAUUUUUCAAACUUUUGAUAACAAAGAUAAUUCUUACAUAAUGAUUUGCCUUUUUUAAAGUUUUUCUUUUAAAUGAACAUUUGUUAUGUCUAAUAAUCUUAUAGUAAAUACAGCACCGUUUUUCGAAGUUAUCCUCAGGUGAAUGUUAUUCAAUAACUAGUAAGUUGUCCGACAGUUAUUGAAUGUUUGCUGUAUGUAGCGUUAAAAGUUACGCGAAGUGCUAUACAAUAUUACGGCACUACCGCUAAUAACUAAGCAUGUGUCAUUCCAACCAGAUAAUUAUUUAUCUCUAGUUUAUUCUGAUGUUUUUUUUUAAAUUUACCUUAGUAGUGUAGCAGCUACUUUGUUGGUACCCAUAUAGAGAAUGAAAAUGUCCUUUUUUCUCUACGCCAUUCUCAUUCCCGAUUGGCUUGUAGAGAUGUGGAAAAAACAUGCAAAUAGAUUUGCUCUGAAAUAAUGCUUUCCUAAAUUGCGUUUGGUGUGUUGUACCGCAUAUCUCUGAAAUUUGCUUUAAUGUUGUUACAGAUCAUAGUUUCGGGAUAUAUGCGCGUUGACUCUAACAAUUUUCCAUAGACUCUUGACAGAAUGAUUAAAGGGUGUCCCACAUCAAAUUGCACCACCGAAGAAACGCUGUGGAAAGUUACUUAAUUGACCGAUCCUUUUCAAACUUUCAGACAAUAAAAUAUAACCUAUUAGUAAGCUUUUGGCAUAUUUAUUUCAUUAAACUUCAAUACCCUAACCGUAUACUCGCACCUUACGCUUAACUCCAUUCAAAAAGUUUUGUACAACAUCUGACUGCAGCUGUACACUGCUAUCUGUAUGGAAACUCACUUUUGCUUCAUGUCUUUCUCAGAUUUUGCAUCCUUCGGAUGCUUCUGCAAUGCCUGCUUCAUAAUAGCCCAGUAUUUUUCGAUGGGCCUUAGUUCCGGUUCAUUGAGAGGUUCAUGUCCUUGGGUACGAAAGUAACCUCGUAAGCUUCGUACCACUUUGAAUAGGGACACGAAGCUGGAUCCAGUCAGACCGUAGGGCCGUAUUGCUUCGACAGAGGAAGCAAACGCUUCUGUAGACACUCCUUGAGGUAGAUCUGUCCGUUUACAGUCACGGUAGUCACGAACAGAGCACACAGAUCGCUUGCCAAAUCAUAUAUUUCUUGGCAAAUUGUGAAAAUAUCUGCAUCCUUACUUCCUCCGGAAUAUCCAAUUUGUGCUGGGCGGUGAAGUACAGUAGCCCCGGAAGCUGCCGGAAGUCCGCCUUGACGUAAAUCUCAUCAUUCAUGAUUUUGAUUUGAGCAAAAUAAAUUCGCGAUGUUGCUUUUUGGGUAACGCCAUUUUUUCCUAUUUUUGAAAAACUGACCGCGAUAAAAAUACAGGGUAAACAAUACACUCUAAACUACUUCUAACCAAAUUUUCAAGAGAAAAUACCCAAUGAGUAAUUUUCUACAGCGUUUCUUCCGUGGUGCAAUUUGAUGUGGGACACUCUUUAAACACUUGCAUUACGGAGUAAUUUUCCUGUCGGUAGGCUCUUUAUUGCUCAAAAGUAAGACAACCAACUCUCUCCCGCGUGUUUACAUUUCCGGCCAAUCGGAAACGUGUAAGUCAUAACUUGUUAGAAACUUUUGAAAUGAGCUAAUUUCUUUACAUCUUUGGUAAAUUAAACCAUUAAAAUAACACGUUUAAUUGACUAGCUAGCAUAAAAGACGAUACGCAUCCGUCAGCGUUAGUUUGACAGUUAGCCUAUGGGAAAUUAUUUACAGCAAUUCUAAAGAGAAGUGCCGAUGAACAAGAUUGAGAGAACUCUGUUUGGCACACUUCAAACCAUUCACGAAAAAAGCAAGAAUGGCUUUGACAUUGUUUUAUCGUCAUUGUCAAUCGUUUUAUUCAUGGGUGUUUUUGCACAUUCAAUACCCCCAAUUUGUUAGGAAAACAUCCUAAUCUAAUCUAAUCUAAUCUAAUCUAAUCUAAUCUCACGCUAACCCAGCAUCCUGGCAAAUCGAUUACUUGAAUCAGAUAUUUUUCUUGCCAAAGGCCAGGCCAACUGCGCAGCGUAUACCGCGGAGAGUAUUCCAAGGAAUCAAGUGGAACCAGAAAAAAUACCUAAUUCCAUUAAACUCCUUGAAAUCAAAGGAUGAACUAAUGACAUUUAGACCAGAAGCCAGGCUGCAAUUGGCCAAUGAUGUAGCGCCUUAUUUCGCUCUCUGAAAAUAGAUUAGUUUGCCAAAUAUAUUAGUUUAAAUCAUAUAAUGCCUGAAAAUAAAGUCGUGUGGUUAGGAACUGAAAACCGCACGACCCCGCACCUCCUAGCUUGGCUACUCAAUUAUACAAAUUGAAGUAUUUCUAGGUAUGGCCACCUGGAGGCGCUAGGUAGGGGCUUGGGAUGGCUAGAGCUAUGUUGGGCGCUUUUUCCUAGCUGCCUUCCCCCUUUCAUACCCCCAAUUUGUUAGGAAAACAUCCUAAGAAUGUAAACUGUUAUCGACGGAAACAGUCGCUUUUGCUUGCAAUGCAAAACUUCUUUUAUUUGUCAACUGAAACUAUUUCCUCCUCGGCUUUCCACCCACUUAGCCGCGUACUCUCCGGUACUGGUAAGUAACCGAACAUCCAACACUUGGGCCCGUGAAUUAAUACAAUAACCAUCGCGUUUAUUCCUCCUUAAUUUCCCAUAAAUAUUCGCUUACUCUUUCUUUCGUAGUGUAUCAUGUUUAGUUUUUUUUGGGUUUAUUGGUUUUUCAAUUAGUCAUUGUUUGGUUUUGGUUUUAUUUUGUUCUUUAGUAUCAUGCAUUUUUCCGAUUGGCCGCUUACACAAAUCCUCCUCGGUACUCAUGUGGGAGAAGAGAAAUCCAAAUUUACACUAGAAUAGUUUAAAAUGCAAGUAAAACAUCGUGAAAGUAGAUCAAAAUUAUCAACAAAAAAAACAACUUCUCGACCAAAACAGUGAAAACGAAAUCAAAAUUUACAUUUCUAGGACCCAGUUUAGGCAACCGAGGCAAGCGCGUCGCAAUUCAUGAUGUUUUGAUUGAGCGCAUUUGUUGGUUCUAUCUUCUCUUCUUUUCCUCGCUCACACACACAUACCAAAACCGGGAAUCGAUCGACAAUCUACCACAACUACUGCCGCGCCAUCUACUCAUGUGCUAUCCACACUAACGGUACUACACACUAAUUGUUUAUCUAAUACAUAUGUACUUACCUGUAUCUGAAUCGAAUGAACAAAACAACAAAAACGUAACAAAAUCGAAUCCCAAAAAAUUGUCAGAUUUCGAAUGUGAUUAUUACGGGUACGCGGAUUAUCCGCAUCAUGGCGGCGGCGGCGCUGGAGGAGGUUUCGCCGAUCCGCCAUUCUACGACGAUUACUAUCGCGGCAGCGGGAGUGGGUACCGGGAGAGUUACUAUUACGACUACCCACCGAGUGCGGCAUCGGCGGCGGCAGCCGCAGCAGCUGCAGCUGCCGCUGCGGCCGCUGCCGUCGCCGGUACCUCAGGAAGUUACGGUCAACAACGGGGUGGGGCCAGUGGAGGCGAAAGUAGCUACCAUGGUGGUGGACCGUCAUCGUCGUCUCACCAUCAUCAUCACUCCUAUCACCAUCACCAUCAUCAUCAUUCCGGAUCGGCGGCCACGGCAAGAGGCGGCAACCUGCUGGGUUCGAAACUGCGAAAAAUCGUUUGAGAGCAAAAGGUUUGCUCCGCUGUUCGAUUUAGUACAUGUUUACUCGAUUGUUGUUACGUUUUUCGUUCCUCUAUUGUGUGUUAUGACACGAGACUUACCUUCAUUUUCAAAGUACAUUUCUGUUUUAGGUCUAAUCGCAUAGGACAUACACAUGUUAAGUUUAGUCGCUUUUUAUUUCUGUAUUGUUAAUGCUUAUUUAGUAAUUCCAAUGCUUAUUUCCUUUGCUUUCUUAACAAAACGCUUUUAAAUUUCAUACAGUAAUGUUUUUUUUUUUUACUACUUUUGGAAUCACAUUCUGCGUUCCUACUUUAUAUUUAUUCGGACACUCCUUUGUUCAUAU